AUGUCUGCGAAGAACUUUACAAGGCUUUUUAUCGGAAAUCUUCCCUGGACCGUUGGUCAUCAGGAAUUGAGGAAGUAUUUUAGAGAGUUUGGAAAGAUUGCGGCAGCAUCAGUUGUGGUUGAUAGAAAUACAGGAAUUUCCAAGGGUUACGGAUUCGUGACAUUUUUUAACAGUGAUUCCUAUGAGCGAAUAACCAACCAAAAGAGUCAUAAUAUAGACGGGUGGAAUCUCAUUAUCCAACGUUCCACCGGUACUCCUAAAAACUCUUAG